CUGAUGACUGAGCCGGGCAAAUAACUUAAAUAAACACACACCAAACAGCCGUCCAUAUUACGUCAAAAUAGUCUGAUAAACGCACCAUAGAAAUAUGUUGUAAAUGUCGGCAAUCACCAGACUUCGAUGAAUUAUAUGACGUCAAAUUAGAUUCGUCGAGCAAAAAGCAUAAGGAGAGCUGCUGUUGAUUUUGUGAGGACGUGUAACUGAACUCGUGGGUAAAAAACGUCAUUUUACCGUUGUUUAACUGGCGAUUGGUGAAAUUGAUGUCGUAACCGAUAUCGCAGAAUGGGUGGAACAGAUUCAAAGCUGAAUUUCAGGAAGGCCGUGGUACAGCUGACCACAAAAACACAGCCUGUGGAGGCCGGGGAUGACGCAUUCUGGGACCAGUUCUGGGCCGACACGGUGACCAGCGUCAGUGAUGUAUUUGCCCUCAUUCCGGCCGCAGAGAUCCGGGCACUCAGAGAGGAGUCGCCGUCAAAUCUAGCCACCUUGUGCUACAAGGCGGUUGAGAAGCUAGUAUCAGCAUCAGAGAGUGGCUGUGCAGCUGCCAAAGACCAGCAGAUGGUGCUGAACUCCGUCCGUCUCCUGACCCGUAUCCUACCUUACAUCUUUGAGGACCCUGACUGGCGCGGAUUCUUUUGGUCCACGCUUCCUGGACAGUCCUAUGGUAUCGAGGGAAUGGAUGACAUUCUAAUUCCUAUUGAGGAUCUGCCCCGUCUCCAUGGUUACGAGAGUGAUGAGGAAUCACUACCUUUGGCCCAGUCUCUUCUCAAUGCCGUCGCCGACCUUUUAUUCUGUCCAGACUUCACUGUGGCUCCAAACUCAAAAAAAUCUGGACCAGACAACCAUGAGGACCUCCAAUCCAUCGAUAGCUGUGAGUACAUCUGGGAGGCCGGGGUGGGCUUUGCUAACUCCCCGCCCCAGUCAGCCCUCCUGGACCAGAAUCGGACCGAGCUGCUCAAGCUGCUUCUGACCUGCUUCUCAGAGACCAUGUAUCUGCCUCCAGUCAGCGAUGCCCACUCCCAGCCAAACCAAUGGAUCAGCUACUUUUGCUCAUCAGAGAACAGGCAUGCUCUGCCACUCUUCACUUCCCUCCUGAACUUGGUCUGUGCCUACGAUCCCGUGGGCUACGGUGUUCCCUACAACCACCUCCUCUUUGCUGACCAUCGGGAGCCGGUCGUGGAAGUGGCAUCUCAGAUUCUGGUGGUGACGCUGGAUCACGACAAUGCGCACAGUCAGGUGCCUCCCACUGUGGAUGCAGCUGACGAGGGGAAUGAGGGUGGCGUAGUGGAGAACUUAUUUGUGAAUUACCUGUCUCGCAUCCAUCGCGAAGAGGACUUCCACUUCAUCCUGAAGGGCCUGACCAGGCUGCUCAACAACCCUCUCAUCCAGACUUAUCUGCCAGGGUCGACGAAAAAAAUCGCCUUCCACCAGGAGCUGUUUGUCAUGUUCUGGAAGAUGUGCGAUCACAACAAGAAGUUCCUGUUCUACGUCCUGAAGAGCAGCGACGUCCUGGAAGUCCUGGUUCCAAUCCUCUACCACUUGAACGAUGCCAGAGCAGACCAAUCUCGAGUUGGCUUGAUGCACAUAGGAGUCUUCAUUCUCCUACUGUUGAGUGGAGAGCGUAACUUUGGCGUACGGCUCAACAAGCCGUACAGUGUGCGAGUGCCCAUGGACAUUCCUGUCUUCACUGGAACACAUGCCGACUUCCUCAUCAUAGUUUUUCAUAAGAUCAUCACCUCCGGUCAUCAAAGACUUGCUCCACUGUAUGACUGCCUGCUCACCAUUGUCGUCAAUGUGUCCCCAUACUUGAAGAGCCUGUCCAUGGUCUCGGCCAACAAGCUCCUGCACCUGCUGGAAGCCUUCUCCACCCCUUGGUUUCUCUUCUCUAAUCCUGCCAACCAUCACCUGGUGUUCUUCCUCCUUGAGGUCUUCAACAACAUCAUCCAGUAUCAGUUUGAUGGCAACUCCAAUCUGGUCUACACCAUCAUCCGCAAGCGCAAUGUAUUCCACCAGCUGGCCAACCUGCCCUGCGACCAGGCCUCCAUCACCAAGGCCCUGGCCAAGCGAGGGCGUAAGACCAAUCCCACACCGCCGACAGACGACGCCGUGCCCACCACCAUGGAAGGAGCACUGCCCCCCGUGGAUGCAGAGCCGGGCACCCUCAAGGCGUCACUUCUGGCCACACCAGGUCUGGGUACCAUGACAGAGACGUCCAAAGUCACUCCUUCUGGUGAGGUCUUGAGCACCGCGGUGACCACCCAAAACGGAGGUUCUGUCAAGGGGGACGGUGCCUCCAGUGCUGGGGCAGCAUCGCAAGGAGCCAGCGACACAGAAAGCAUCGUGACCGAUGACAAGAAGGCCGCAGGUGGCGGCGGUAGCCCCAUCGGGUCUCCGACAGGACCCAUCGGUUCCCAGGCCGUCCCCAUCGGUUCCCAGCCCGAGGCGGUGGAGCACAGGGCCCUGGCCAUGCAGAGGACUUCAUCGGUAUCCAGCAGCACGGCUACCGGCAGUACCAGCGGGGACUGGAGGCCCUCACCGGAUUGGGUUCAAUCUUGGAAGCAGAAGCUGCCGCUACAGACCAUCAUGCGUCUACUUCAGGUCCUGGUGCCUCAAGUGGAGAAGAUCUGCAUCGACAAGGGCUUGACAGAUGAGACAGAGAUCCUCAAGUUCCUCCAGCACGGUACCCUGGUGGGUCUGCUGCCUGUACCCCAUCCCAUCCUGAUCCGCAAGUACCAGGCCAACAGCGGGACCACGCUCUGGUUCCGCACCUACAUGUGGGGUGUCAUCUACCUCAGGAAUGUUGACCCACCGAUUUGGUAUGAUACAGGCGUCAAGCUCUUCGAGGUUCAACGGAUCAAGGACAGCUAGGGGAGAUAGACUAGCUAGUCAUAUGCAUUCCAUAAUGUGUACAUUGUAAACAGGGGCAGCUGAGAACCUGAAAUUGUUAACCACGGAAAACUUUAGCUGGCGAUGUGCAC